CUGCUGACUGAAUCAAUGGACAGAGUGAACCAUACUGAUGUAUAUGAGUUUGUAUUCCUGGGACUCACUAAUUCUUGGCACAUUCAGCUUCUGCUCUUUGCAUUUUCCUCUGUUUUCUACUUGGCAAGCAUGCUGGGAAAUUCCCUCAUUGUGUUCACAGUGACUUCUGAUCCUCACUUACACUCUCCCAUGUACUUCCUGUUAGCCAACCUUUCCUUCAUCGACUUGGGGAUUUCUUCUGUCACUUCCCCCAAGAUGAUAUGUGACCUUUUCAGAAAACACAAAGUAAUUUCAUUCUCUGGCUGCAUCACUCAGAUGUUUUUUAUUCAUUUGAUUGGUGGUGUUGAGAUGGUGUUACUCAUAGCCAUGGCUUUUGACAGAUAUGUUGCCAUAUGUAAACCUCUCCAUUAUUUGAUUAUUAUGUGUCCAAGAAUGUGCACUUUACUUCUGGCUGCUGCUUGGAUCAUUGGCCUCAUCCACUCAGUGGUCCAAAUGGCUUUUGUAAUUAACCUGCCCUUCUGUGGUCCCAAUGAAUUGGAUAGUUUUUACUGUGAUCUCCCUCGGUUCAUCAAACUUGCCUGCACAGAUACAUACAGACUUCAGUUCAUGGUCACUGCCAACAGUGGCUUCAUGUCCUUGGGUGUCUUUCUCAUUUUGAUCAUAUCCUAUAUUUUCAUCCUAGCCACAGUUCAAAAACAUUCAUCAAGAGGUUCUUCUAAGGCUCUGUCUACUCUUUCCACUCAUAUCAUUGUGGUGAUUUUGUUUUUUGGUCCAACCAUCAUUUUCUAUGCAUGGCCAUUUAACACAUCACAUCUGGAUAAAUUUCUUGCUAUCUUUGAUAUGAUUCUGACUCCCUUUCUGAAUCCAGUCAUCUACACACUAAGGAACAAAGAGAUGAAAUUGGAAAUGAGAAGAGUGUAUAGCCAGCCUGUGAAUUUCAGGAAAAUCUCUUAA